GCUGCACUUGUUCUGUUAGCAGUUUGCAGCGGCCAUUUCAAAGAGACCAUCACAAAGACAAGAGGGAGAUCAGAGAAGCACCCAUUCCCAAGAUGCUGGCACCCUGCCUUCUGAGAAGAGUGAUCCUUACAGUUCCUUUAGUUUUUGUGGUUGCACUGCUUCUCACGGAGCCUGUUAGAUCUGAUCAAGAAGCGGGAACAGCCAUACCAGCUGAAAGUCGUCCCUGUGUUGAUUGCCAUGCGUUUGAGUUCAUGCAGAGGGCUCUUCAGGAUUUAAAGAAGACAGCAUAUAAUCUAGACAUGCGCACAGAAACUCUGCUUCUUCAGGUGGAAAAGAGAAAUCUGUGCGACUGUGUAACUGCAAAUCUGCUGAACUGAAUCCUGGAGGCCAGCUAAGGACUGUCACCUGUUCAGUGGUUUUUAAAAGGCAGCUGUAUAAAAUACAGCUUUAUGGAUUUCAUGUUGCAAGCAUGUAUGCCUCAAUGUACUGAGGAAAUUGGGAGGUUGUGUCUUAUGUAUUUGUCUGUUCUGUUUGUUGUUUUUUUUUUAAAACAGCAUCCUCUUCAUAUC